CAAGUGCCUAUUGUUAGCACAGCUUAGAAGUGGUCUCUUUUGACCUCGCUACAAUUCCGCAGCCCAGUAUACAAUUGUGCACAUCUAAUCAUUAAUAAAUUGCAUUGUUUUCACGCAUAGACACACAUCGUCCACGCGAUCAAACCAUCCAACGGCAACUGAUGUGGCGCCACCUAAGAUCGGGACACGGCAUCAACGCUAUGACGCGUCACUGCUUUCCCGGGAGACUAUUAACCCUAAAUUAGCACCAGAUCGAAUUAAAGCGCACUCUUUACUGCAAUUCCCAAAGUCGUAAUUUCUCCGCAAUCUAGGCCCCAUUUUCGAAGUAUUCCCCCAUACCCUUCUUUCCCACGUCAUUGCCCUUGUGUACGCUGCAAAAGCACAGGCUGUUCCACUCGGCGACAAAUCGCGGACGCGUCGCCCCCAUAAUCCCCCUCGCUACAUAAAUCGCCCGCUCCCCCUCCGCUCAGCAACGAAAACAUCAACACAAGGCGAACGAAGAAAAGCGUAGAAAAAGCAAUUAAUCGGCGAUCAGAUACAUUACCUCUCCUCGGCGAGUUUGUGCGCUCCUCUACGGCGAUGGGGACCUGCGCCUCGUGCGAGGCCACGCUCGCGACGCGAUCGGCCACGGCGAAGCUCGUGCUCCCCGACGGGGAGCUCCGCGAGUUCGCGAGGCCCGUGAGGGCGUCGCACGUGCUCGAGGGGGACUACCACGCGUGCUUCGUGUGCGACGCCGACGAGAUGGAGAUCGGGGGCUUUGUCUCGGCGAUCGGGGCCGAGGAGGAGCUCCGGUUGGAUCAGAUCUACUUCGUCCUCUCCAAAUCGAUGCUGAGGCGCCCGCUCCGCGCCGAGGAGAUCGCCGCGCUAGCGGUGAGGGCGAGCGCCGCGAUCGCAGCGGCGGUGCCGCCUCCGCCGCCGCACGGGCGAAGGUGGCGCCGCCGCGCUGUGGCGCCGAUGGUGUUCCCCGCGGUGGAGGAAGAGAUCGGAGGUGGCGAGGGCGAGGGCGCAGCGAUGGAGGAGGUAGUGGUUGAGGAGGAGAGGAGGUGGAGGAGGGGGCGGAGCGAGGAGAGGGGUAGGGGUCGUAAAUUUUUCCCGGAUUUGAGCGCGAUUCCGGAGUAAGAGGAUGAGAGUGAGGUGGUGAAGGUUCCUAUUUAUAGGCGUUUCGUAGUUGAUCGGGCGGCUGAGAUUGGCUUCGUUCCUAUGUUCCUUACCGUUGAUUCGUCCAUUCGAAUUUGUUUGGACGGUUGGAGCCAAAAAUUUUUGGACUCGGUAGAGUUGAGCGCGCGAGGGAAUGGCGCUUUUGGUGUAUAUAAAUUUAAAAUUAAAAUGUCGUGAAUUUUGAAGAAAGGAAAGGAAUUUUGCAAAUAACAACUCUUAUGCGUUUGGUGAUAAAAUGCAAACCCGGACUCAUGCAUUACAACAGAAGUGAAACACAAAUUCCUUAGAUCGAUCACUCAUUCCUUCUCAAAAUUUCAUAUCUACUAUGGCUUUUUUGUAUUAUUUGAAUGUCAAAAUAAAUUAUUUGACGACUAUAGUUUU